UUGUUCCCCUCGACGUCGGGUGAAAGUUUCCUCCGGUGUCCCGGACAACCCUUAGUUUACCCACGGUAACGGCAGUUUAGUCGGAUUAUACUUCUUCCCCUCUCUCCGCUAACGACGCCUUUCUUAAAUUCUACGGGCGGCCCAAGACCACUCUCCGGCCUCGGCUUUAGUCACCUUCGACCUUUACGGCCCGCGUCAGAAAUUCGAUAUUCGCCGGGGGCCAAAAAGUGGCCUUCCGGUUUUCUCCCCGGUCGACCGGAAACGACGGCAGAGCGGCGCCGGAACCGGAUCGAUAGACCGGGCGGGAGGAGGAAGCGACGCUUCUCUUCCGUUCUUCGUUACAUACAAAAUGGAGUUUUUGUCCCAAAUUCUCGGCAGUUUCCGUCCUCGGCCCCCGCCCAAUUCGGCGGGGGAUCCUCCCCUUUUAUUGCGCCGGUCGGCCCACUCCAGAAAAAUGUAGUUUUUAGUCCGGAGAAUUCCUUCCGUUUCCGGAGACGCCAUCUUUUCCGUAAUAACCGCGCGGGCGGAGGAAACUUCGGUCUUUCUUCCCGCGCUCGGAAUCGACCGCUUUCUGCCUCGGCGGACGACGGGAAAAUUCUCGGGCUGCGUCGGCUCCGCUCGCCCCCUCGUUCCUCCGUUCGAACCAGGAGAACUUCCGACCUCCCGGAAGACGGCGGCGCCCGGAAUCGAACGGCACCGCGGAGCGGAGGAGGCGGUCGACGGAAGCGCCUCUCGGCCGGAGCGGCCGUCGACGGGCGGCGCAGAUGGGCGCGGGAGGCAACGCCGCUCGGUACCGGGCCCUGGUGUGGCUGUGGGCCCUGUGGCCCGCCCGGGCCGGGGCCAGUUCCGACGCCAAGAGACUCUACGACGACCUGAUCAACGGCUACAACUCGCUCAUUCGCCCGGUGGGCAACACCUCCGACCGGCUGACGGUCAAGCUGGGCCUCAAACUGUCGCAGCUGAUCGACGUGAACCUCAAGCACCAGAUCAUGACCACCAACGUCUGGGUUGAACAGGAGUGGAACGACUACAAGCUGCGAUGGGAUCCCGAGGAGUACGGGGGCGUCUCCAAGCUGCACGUGCCGGCCGAACAGAUCUGGCUGCCCGACAUCGUCCUUUACAACAACGCCGACGGCAACUACGAGGUGACCAUGAUGACCAAGGCCAUGCUGCACGCCGACGGUCAGGUGAAGUGGAAGCCCCCGGCCAUCUACAAGAGCUCGUGCGAGAUCAACGUCGAGUAUUUCCCUUUCGACGAGCAGAACUGCUUCAUGAAGUUCGGAUCGUGGACCUACGACGGAUACACGGUGGACUUGAAACAUAAACACCAGACGGAAGAUUCGCCCGACAUCGAGAUGGGCAUCGACCUGAGCGAGUUUUACCUCAGCGUGGAAUGGGACAUCAUGGCCGUUCCGGCGCGGAGGAAAGAAAAGUUCUACAGUUGCUGCGAGGAACCUUAUCCGGACAUCACCUUCAACGUCACUCUGAGGAGAAAGACUCUGUUCUACACCGUCAAUCUGAUCAUUCCUUGCGUGGCCAUCUCCGUACUUUCGGUCCUGGUCUUCUACCUGCCCUCCGACAGCGGGGAGAAAGUUUCGCUCAGCAUCUCCAUCAUGUUGUCUCUGGGAGUCUUCUUUCUUCUGCUCUCCGAGAUAAUUCCUCCCACUUCCGUGGCCGUCCCCCUUCUCGGAAUCUAUCUUCUCUUCACCAUGAUUCUGGUUUCUCUCUCCGUCUUCGUCACCAUCGCCGUUCUCUGCGUCAACUUCCGUUCGCCGUCCACCCACAAAAUGGCGCCUUGGGUCCGAACCGUCUUUCUACGAAUCCUGCCCCGAAUGUUGGGCAUGACCCGAGCGGAAGACAGGCAGUCGGACGACUCGGCCUCGGUCGACGAUUCGGUGAUGUCCUGUUCCUACCACCGACAGUACGAGAUUCCGGGCGGGGAGGAAGAACAGUCCAAGACCGAUUCCGAUCUGGAUUUGAGUCCCGCCAACGAAUUAACCAGAGCUUACCUCAACGUCAGGUUCAUCGCUCAACACGUGGAAAACUUCGACGUCUACUCCGAGGUGGAAGAGGACUGGCAGUACGUGGCCAUGGUGCUGGAUCGACUCUUCCUGUGGCUGUUCACGGUGGCCUGCGUGGUGGGGUCGGCGGCCAUCCUCUUACAGAUCCCCACGCUGUACGACGGACGACAACCCAUCGACGUGGUCUUCUCCAAGAUGAAGUUCCGCCUGCAGCAUCUGCAAGGCUAGCCGCCUCCUCGACCCCCGACCCCCGACUUCCUCUUCCUUUUCUUAGCCAAUAAAGAGUUUUCCACCUUCUUCCAGCUUUCUUCCUGCCUCCGGCGGCUUUCCGCUUCUCCCCAAGCCCUUUGCCCCUCGGACGGUAAACUUUAGUCGGGUCGAAGCGAUUGUUUCGGAGGGGCGAGACAGACGAUCGACGACCGUGGGCCAACCGAAGCGUCCACCUUCUCACUCGGCUCCGACCACCGUAUUAUUGUGCGCUUUUCGUUCGAAUGACCCUUUCGAAAUUCCGCUUCCGGUGGCCGUUUUGGCGUUGGCAGCCUUUCCGCCCGUCCGACGAUGCAAAAUUUAAUAAUGUCUAAGACUAGUAAGAAAGUAAAAUGGACGGGUCCAUUUUAACGGAAAGUGGCUAAAAGCGGCCUGGCCGAGCUAAAAAUUUAAACGCUAAAUUACAGUAGACCCCCCUAUAACACGGUAGACACGUUCCGUUUUAUAUAAAUUCCGUGUUUUACGAGUCACUUAAAUACACGAGCCAUUUACAGCCAGGCAGUGUGCAGUUUAGGGACUA